AUGGCAAACAACACCGUAAUUGUCUUCGGACCAACUGGCAAGGUCGCCUCCAUCGCAGCCCAGACUGCUCGGAAGCAUGGCUCAAAGGUCUGGCUUGCGAUGCGCGACCCUUCGAAAUCCAUUCCAGGCCUCAGCGCUGAGGAGGAGAAGCAAGGCGGCUACGAACGAGUUCAGGCAGAUCUCACUAAGCCAGAUACCAUAUCCGCAGCAGUCGUCAAAUCUGGCGCCACUCGCGCGUUCAUUUACCUGGCCCACGGCAUGCCGGAUCACAUGAAGUCGACCGUGGAAGCUUUGAAGCAGUCGGGCGUUAAAUUUGUCGUCUUCCUCAGCAGCUUCACCAUCAAGGAAAGAGAGCUGUCCGAUAUUCCGCCCGACGAUUUUAUUCCUUUCAUCCAUGCACAAGUCGAGAUCAAUCUCGAGAAGAUCUUUGGACCCGAGAACUUCGUCGCUAUCCGCCCAGGCGCUUUCGCAACGAACGCUAUGGCGUUCUGGGGUAGUGGCAUCAAAGCCGGCGAAGUCGAGCUGGUCAGUCCCGAUGCAAAGCAAGACAUGAUCACACCGGACGACAUGGGUCGAGUCUCGGGAACUAUACUUGCCAACGGUCCAAAGGACGGCCAAAGACACGUCUACCUCUUCGGUCCGCAGCUGAUUGCACAAGAGGACGCUCUGUCAAUCAUUCGGAGAAAGGCAUUGGAGAAGGAGAUCAAGGUCACACCAGUCACCGACGAGGCCGAUAUAAGGAAAGUCUGUGAGAAGAUGGGAUUUCCGGCACCAAUGAUUGACUACUGGACCACUAUGAUGAAGCAAUUUCAGGGAAACACAGGCCGGGAGGAUCGUCCAUUGUACGACGAGGGCGUUGAGAAUACGAAGAGGUACACUGGUGUCCCGGCCAUGAAGUUUGAAGAGUGGGUGGAGGCAAAUAAGGAACUCUUCAACUCUUGA